AUGUUAUAUGUUAUUAAAGAGACUUGGAUGUUUCUUUCUUUUAUGAUUCUUGUGAUGAUAGAAAUAGCACAUAGUUUUUUACUAUUAUUAGAAUAUCCUGAUUAUACAAAUCUUACAGAAAAAAUAUCAUCCUCUACAUUAUUUACGGGUGGUUCAACUGACCUCAAAAUACAAAACGAUUUUGAUCGAACUGAAGAUAACCCAGCUAAAAAUUUCUUUACCUCAUUUCUUUCAAGAUAUAAUUGGUUAAAAGGUGACUUUUUACAACAGGACACAUGGAAUUUUUGGGCAGUAAAUGUUAUCACUUUUAUUGGUAGCAUUCUUUUAGUAACCAUUUUACAAAAUAUGUUUAUUGCUUUUAUGGGGGGUGUGUAUUCUAAAGCAUAUGAGAAAGGUCGUGUUGCAUUAUUGAGAUUUCGUGCAGAAUCGAUAUCGGAUUAUGAGGCAUUGGAUAAAAUUUAUUUCUAUCCUCAAUCACCAGAACCAAAAUAUAUUUAUUAUAUAGGCAAAUCCAAAAAAGAUGAUUAUUCCGUUGAUGAUGAUAGUUCUGAAACUGAAAAGGAGAAUGAAGAAAUUAAUAUUAAUCAACUUAAAGAGAUAAAUAGUAAGAUUGAUAAAUUACUUGAUGCAAUCAUUACAGCUGAUCGCCAAAUUAUGCCAAAACCUCGUUAA